AUGGUCUAUUCGGAACACGGAAAAAAUCUUGUCUACAAUCGUGUUGUUCUGCUUUUCGCUUUUAUUAUGUGCUUUUGGGAAACUGCAUUCGCACAUCUACGUUAUACAGUACUGGAAGAAUCGAAAUCUGGGACGAUUAUUGGCAACAUUAUAAAAGAUUUGGGUCUCGACAUUAAACAACUGGAAGGGCGAAGUGUUCGUGUGAUUUCUGGAUCAAAGCAACAGCUUCUGCAGGUAAAUCUCAAAACUGGAGAUCUUUAUGUAAACGAGAUGAUUGAUAGAGAAGUAUUAUGCGACAGAGAUCAGAGGUGCUUUAUCAGCAUUAAAAUGUUUAUGGAAAAUCCGAUGGAAAUACAUCAAGCAGAAAUUGAAAUACUAGAUAUAAAUGAUAAUUCUCCGGCCUUUGAAAACAAAAAGAAAAGACUGGAAAUUUCAGAACUGACGCAAACUGGGGCUCGAUUUCCACUAGAGGGAGCAGCUGAUUCUGAUUCUGGUAUUAAUUCUUUAAAAUUCUAUCAAUUGAGUCAAAACGAUCAUUUUGUCUUAGAAGUUAAAGAUAUCCAGAAAAAUAAAAUCCCAGUGCUGGUGUUACAAAAAGCACUGGACAGAGAAGUGAAAGGAAAUUUUGAUUUUUUGUUAACUGCGUUUGAUGGCGGUAAUCCACCAAAAUCUGGAGAUAUGAAUAUUACAGUAAUAGUUAGUGACGUUAAUGACAAUGCGCCGGUGUUUGCUGAAGAAAUAUACCAUGUAACAUUAGAGGAAAAUGUUCCUUUAGGUACCUUUAUUUUAAAAGUAAAUGCGAUUGAUUUAGACGAGGGUAUCAAUGGAGCGAUUGUGUAUUCCUUUGAGGAUUCCACAAAGAAUAAAAUCUCCGGUUUGUUUCAACUGGACAGUUACACAGGGGAAAUAAUAGCGAAUGGUUUAAUAGAUUUCGAAGAGAGGAAAUUUUAUGAAAUUGAAGUAAAGGCUACAGAUAAAGGCCACGUGCCAAUGAGUAGCCACUGCACAGUUUUAAUUAAAAUUAAAGACAUAAAUGAUAAUGCACCUCUUAUAGAAGUAGCAUCGCUAACAAGUUCUAUUUUCGAGGAUGUAAAACCGGGUACGGUAGUUGGACUUAUUAGUAUCUCUGACCUUGAUUCCGGUGUCAAUUCUAAAAUAACGUGUAGCUUACCUGACAAACUGCCUUUUCAACUGAAGCCGGCAUUGCAGGAAAAUUUGUAUUCUUUAAUUACAAGCUCACGACUGGAUCGAGAAUCUGUAUCACAGUAUAAUAUAACAAUAACUUCCAGAGACUUUGGUCUUCCUUCGCUGUCGUCGCAUGAAACUAUUUUAAUUAAUGUAUUGGAUGUGAAUGAUAACAAUCCCAAAUUUUUGAAAGACCCGUAUAUAUUCUUUAUUUUGGAAAACAGCACUCCUGGAGUAUCCAUAUGUGCAGUUAGUGCAGUGGAUGCCGACGCCAAAGAGAAUGCUCUUAUUUCGUAUUACCUGAAGGAAACUGAAGUCGUGGAGAAGCCAGUUGUGCCUUUCCUUAGUAUCAAUUCUGAGAAUGGACAAGUGUUCAGUUUUACAACAUUUGACUUUGAAGAAAUGAAAAGUUUUACUUUCACUGUUAUAGCUAAGGAUUCCGGAGUCCCUUCGCUUAGUAGUAGCGUCACUGUGCGCGUUUUUAUCUUGGAUCAAAAUGAUAAUCCGCCAGUUAUUGUUUUUCCGUUUACCACAAAUGGAACCUCAGUUGUCGAAGAGACGAUUCCCCGAAAUGUAAAGGCUGGAUAUUUUGUUACGAGAAUUAGAGCUUAUGAUGCUGAUGUUGGAUAUAACGCGUGGCUUACUUUUUCUUUGGACGAUGCUACCGACUCUUCACUUUUCAGUGUGGGGCGCUAUACGGGAGAAAUUAGGACUAUUCGAGCGAUUUCCGAGUCCGAUGUCGCUGUACUAAAAAUAGUGGUACUAGUGAAAGACAGUGGCAGUGUUUCAUUAAGUGCUUCUGCAACUGUAAUCGUGACAACAGCUGAAAACAUGGAAGCCAAUGCGUUUUCUGAGAUUAAAAGCAGCAGGACACGGGAAGAAAAAGAGAAUAAUGUGACAUUUUAUUUGAUCAUCAUAUUGAGUUCAGUUUCAUCAUUGUUUUUAAUCUCCAUAAUUAUUCUCAUCGCUUUUCGAUGCCAGAAAACAAAUCAAGAUUUUUUAACUAAGUACUAUUUAGAUGACACCAACUAUGCAGAAGUGAGUGGAUCUCUUUUUCACAGCCAUCAUUACCAAACAGCUGAAAAUCGACUCAUACUUGUUGGACCAGAAGUUAACAGAGAUUCGGUAAUGGAUGUGGGGAGUAAUGGAAACACCCUAAUCAUUCCUGAUAAUGGAAUUAAAAUUGCACAAAUGGUGAGUGACAUUUUUUUUUUAAAGUAA